CAAUGGAAAAUACUAACAAGAGAACUCUGACAUUGUUGUCUUCUUUCCAAAUUGUGAUAUCCGUCUUAUUUUUCGUUCUGGGAUUGGUAGACGGACUUGAAAUCCGCUAUAUAUAUAGCUUCGUGUUUUCACCAUGUUGGAUUGUUCCCCUGGUAAGUCAUUGCUUCUGAUUCUUGUCUGUUUUUAAAUUUGUCAAUCACUUGAAUCUCGUCAUGGAUAAAGGUGUUAUUGCCCCUAUUAUGGUACAAGAGAAGAGAAAACCUGAACUUUUUGCCGUGGGAUCUUCACGCUCGUUUCGAUGCGUAUGUUAAUUCAUAAUGAGUGGUCGUCUCGCUUUCACAGUGAUCAAGUCAAACGACAGAAAUUUGCGAAAGCUCAGAAGUUGUUAUUCACUGUUCAAAAUAUGGAAAUUAUAUGCUGUUACAUAUUACAAAUCAUUCUGAAAGUGCACUUUAAUUUUUCUGACUGCCAUUGUCUUGAUGGAUACUGUCGGUGCCAUCUGUCAAUAUUAUACUUUCCGCUUUCACCAAGUCUUUUAUGUUGGGGAAAAUGCAACGAUGGUUACAUUAACUAGUUAUUUUAUACGUAUACAGCCAUGUCACUUGAGUUUCCACAUAAAUGUAACGAAUUCCCACUAAAUACAACACUGAGAAACAUCUCAGAAGUUUGACCGACGCUUAUUCCACACAAUUUCAGCAAUUUCGUUCAUGCGUGAAUUAUUACACCUUAAUUGUUACACGACUGCUGACAUUCCGCUUGUUGGCUUGUUUACGCAUUUGCCUACUACUCCAAUGCUAAGAACGCGAACGACUCCGCACAUAUCCUUAAUAAAAUACUAAAAGCAACCAUGAUGCCGGAUACAAACCUCGAAGAUGACGAUGGCAAUGAAAACCCGAGAAAAACAAUGUUUGUUUAAAGAGCAAAACUACAGCACUGCAAGUAAAAAACCCCUUUCUUUUGUUACCGUCCACAACGUGAAACUUUCUAAUGCGACGUUUUAUUUCAUAGAGGUCGUGACGACAAGGACGACGAAUUGCAUCAAAGUCUCGUUGUAAACCUCUACGUGGCUCUUUAAAUUUAAGUCCAGAAAAAUUCGUUUACAUUUUAUAAUUUAUAUCGACAAAUUGAGCGAUGCUAAAUAAAGGCAAUAGACAGGUUGAAAUGUUAAGGCAAGUUCAUUUUAGUAAUGUAAUAACGUUUCAACUUCACGUUGUCACUGUGUUGUCGUCGGUCAUGGGUUGUCCAAGCUCCUAAUUAAACAUCUUUAGUCAUGGUGCGACAAGUGCUACAUGAAAUCUCCAAUGCAAACGUUUGAUUUUUUUUUUAAGUGAUCUUUAAGGUCACGCCUUUCCUCGUAGGGAAGAAACGCAUGACAGUGCCCAAAGGGAGGUACUAUAGUAUUAAUAGUAAUGUAUGUAAGUAUGAAUUUAAUUCUGUUCUGUGCAUUUACUGUUCAGACUCUUGCAAAUGGCAUCAUGGGCCUUGUUUUAAGCCAAAGCCGUAAAAGAUCAUCAAUUCUGGUAAGAUUAUCUUGAUAAGCACUCGUAGACGUCUGACAGAGAAAACGUAACCUAAAGUUCCGAAAGAGAAGACUUUCCGUAAGCGUCGACCGCCCCCUCUUCCAGGUUCGGCGGGUUGGGAGUACCGUGAGCGCAUCGAGACACCCCUCCCAUGGCUGGAGACUGAGGCUAUCCCCUACCCCCUCCACCACCACCACCACCACAAAACAAAAGUGAGGCACGCUGACAGAUUAGAAAGUGAAGUCCCUCCGAAAGUGCUGAUCGCUUCGUAGAAGAAGAGCAGUGUUAUCGGAAGAAACUGGAACUUGCGCCGCCUUGAAACUUAUUGAAGUGGCAGAUGCUGGAGAGAGCAGAGCAAAACGGCGGUCGUCGCUUUCGAAAAGACGAAACAAGACGAAACAAGUCAAUACGAGGCUGUGUAACAUGUCCCCUACAGGCUAAAUACCUCCCUUCCCCUCCCUCCCCUCCCCAAAUAUUUUUUUUUAUCAGGAAUAAAGGUGUAUUGUAUUCGAGUCCCCCAGAGAAAAAAAAAAUAUACGCAGGAUCCCAUAACCCGGAGUAGUAACUCCCAUGUACUCGUGUCACGGCGUUCUUCCUAACCAUGGCCAGUUUAUUUUUAGAAUGAUUUUGGUGCGAAUUUAAAAUAUUUUGCCAAGUCCCACAAACCAGUCAAAAUAUACAGAACUGAAGAUGGUAUUUUGACCUUUUAAUGACGUUUAGUUCUCCGUAUGCACGCCUUCUUCUUCAAAUGCGGAACCGCUCUAUGUAAAUCUAAAAAUAAACCGGUCCACGAAAACGCCGUGACGUAGGCCUAGUAUGAGAGUUGCACGCUUCAUGUUAUGGGCUCCUAGUAUGUGCCUAUUCAAAAGUGCAACUCAUCCUUCUGAUUACUGAGUCACCCUCUUCAGUAGACUUUAUAAUUUAUUGACUUCAAUUUCAAUUUUUCUUUAGAUCCAUGCUAUUUGGUCGGUUAGCGUGGCAUGUAUUAUCUACGCCGCUAUUACAGUACUCAGGUAUCAGACAUGGGGUGUCGAAUCACUGAAGAUUCAUACUAUUAGACAGAACCGCUACCGCAACAAAAAAUGGUGGUUUGUAGAGAAAAAUGUGAAGCCGGAGUACACUAAGCAGGAAAAUGAUGCAUUUGCUGUAUUUGGCAUCAUCAUUGUGUUGUCUGUCAUUGAAAUUAUCCUGGCUGCUGCUUUGGCAAAAGUCAGCGAUUCAAGCCGCGAGGGGGCUCAACAGCCCACCAUCCCAAUGUACGCUAUGUACUAUCAGGUACGGUAUAAAUGGCAUUGUGAAAUGUGAUCAUACUAUAAAACACACGCGGUUUUUUUUUUUUUUUUGCGUCAUACAUAAGGGGAGAGGGGCAUAGAUAUUGCAGUCGUUUAAAAUCUUCGUAAAAUUUCGUAUGAGUGACAGUGGCCACAAUUACACUGGCCUGGCAGCGGCAAUCUGGAAGAAUUUCGAUCUGGCUUGUAUCUGACGAAAAAUUGGAAGAAAAUAUAAACUUGUAGCUGUACAGUCAGCCUUGCUUUUUUCACCGUUUGCUCACAAAAACACUUUGCUGACUAGAUCCAUUAGAAUCUGGCAUCUUUGUUUUGUACGUCGGCAUUUGCUAUUUAUUUAUAAGAUGUAUUUUAACUGCAUACUACAAAUACUAUUACCAUAUGCUUUGCAACAGCCUUUAUUUACUAAUGUACAGUUUUAAAUCAUUUAAAUUUAACAACGAAUACGCAAACAAACUGAAGAAGAAAUGAAAUCGCGAAGUAACUUUCUUGGUUUCUUUUCCUUCAGCAGCCAGUUGGCCAAGUCAGUGGGCUCCCGGGACAAACCAGUGCAAACAUUGGGUCAGGCGUACGCCCUAUUACAGCCCAGGAUAUACCAGCUCCUUAUCGUCAAAUGUCUCCUCAUUAGAAGUAGAAGACGCUUUUUUGUUCUUUCUUUUUUUGCGGAAAUGCUACUCUCUACUGAAAAUAUGCUUUGCUGCUCCCAUGGCCAAAUCAGUUUCAUUGUUAACUUGAUCUAGUGUAAGCUACCAGUAGUGAUUGUAUUUACCUUUCAUAGAUUGUCAAUAUAGAGAAUUACUUUGCGUUUGCCGUUGAAUACAAUCCUGGACGGAAAGUUCUUGGGAAAGUGAUGCAAUAUUCGUUAUUUCUGGAUACCUUCAUGAAACAGCGCUUUUAUUUUAAAUACCUUUGCAGUUGUCAGGUUGUUAUAGAAUUCAGUGCUUGUUAUAUUUAACAUCUUUUUAUCAAUUACGUUAAAGUUGUAAUAAUUUUAGGUUGUUAUUUUACUCCUUUUUGUAUUGUAAAUGAUUUGUUUUUUGGGGGCUCGUCUGCCUUGACUCUGACGGGAUUUCCCUGAAUAAAUAAAGGUAUUUAACUUUUAUCUUAAAUAUAUAUCUGCCAAGGCGAGAUUUUGCUUUGAAAAUAAAAAAGUACUUCUUAAACUGCCUUGGUACUGAGAGCGGAGCCAUAGAAAUGCUAGAAAAAACUGAUUGACAAGUGGUACCAGAGUGAAACCGGUGCACUUUCUCCGCACUGCACCACGUUAAAUGAGAGACGAGUCAACCUUUGUAAGGUCUACGUUGAAAGACAACAGAACGAAAACCACCCGUUACACUUAAAUCUCCCUAAAGUGGGGGAAGUUCAGCAUACAUAUUUAUCAUCUGAGGUCAGGCUCUAACUACCGCUUGCGCCUGAUUUGUACCAAGCGCACUCAAGAUGAGCGCAGUGAAAAUUACAAAUUAAUUACAUGUACGUAGUCCGUUGUGACCAUUGUAUUGUGUAUUACCGGUAGCAUUGCCGGAUCCAGACCUUUAGAUAAGGGGGGAGCCCGGUCAUCCAGAACCUUAAAUAAGGGGGAGAGGGGCCGGUCUCCAAAACUUUUUUUCGGCCCUUCGGGCCUCAGUUUUCUCUAAAUAUAAUGGAGGCCGGGCCCCCCGGGCCUUCCCCUGGAUAGGCUACUGGGUAGCCCAGGGCGAUGCCUCCCCGUACAGUCCAUAAUAGUGAGUCUCCCUGGGCGUAUGACGAAAGGGAAGAAUGCUUUUCGGCAAACAUCAGAACUCUAUCCCCCCACCCACCCACCCCCGCUCCUUCCCCCGAUGUAUUUGUGUCAACGUGCUAAAGUGUGAGUUUCCACUGAUUUAGGACCGGCGGUUUUGUCGGCUUAAUUUAAAUUUCAGGUCACUUAUUCCGCCGUUUAGUGUAACAUUUGUGACCGUUAUUGUAGUUUAAGUAUCGUCGUUGACUGUUCGGAUAUAUCUUCAUCGUCAGGUAUGUGUGUGUGUUUUGAUUUCCUUUAGUAUAUUUCUUUAGUUUUUUUGGUGUACCUUUUCUUUUUUUCUCAUUUUGACGUCUGCACUGGAACAUGUAGUUUGCUUGGGCGAGUUGCGUUUGUUUCAAGUGAACAAGAGCCCUUGAGCAAAUGUAUUUCCAGUAGGGGUAGCUAACUUUGGUAAAGCUAUCUAUCGGUCCCUAGAAAGGUCAACCCAGGACACCCGGGAUGGAUUUUUUUCGUACAGUGCCCAGGCCUCAUUUUCUUGGCAGCGCGUUGAUCUGUCCCGGCUACUUCGGCGAGCAUACUCUUGGCCUUUUUGGAUUACAUCCUUCGAGUUUGUCAAAGUCUGCGGGAUUCGUUUUUCUAUCUGGGAAAGCUUCAUUGGUUUCUAUAUCUGCUGCUAUCCUAUUACUUCGAUCCUGGCAUGUUUAUUUUCUGUUGGAAUUCGAAUUUCGUGGAAAAAGUUCUGUUGAAUGAGAGCAUGGCGGCGAAGAUCGCAUCUCUUGUCUCCCACCUUGUAUAUUAUUUUUGUAUAUAGAGUGAAUUUGAACAAAUUAUCACGAAACUUCGUUGGAGCAUUAAGGACAACAACAACUAACUGCAGAGUAAGUUUCAUUGAUCUUUAUUUAGUAUUUCCUAGAAAUUUUACGAUCGUAUUUUCACCCCAAAUAAACACUGAAAUUCUACUGGAACGGUACUGUGGUAUUAUCACAGAGCCUGGGUUACCUGUGGAAAUAAUUGUUUGUGAGGCUUAACUGGUCGGGUGUUGUAAACUUUCAUUGUAUGUAAAUGAGUCUUGUGAUAAGCAUGCGGUGUAUUUUUGGCGAUGAUUGAAAGGACGCGCCAUGAUCUCAUCACGUUUUUUAUCUCUGGCAAUGAUGUUAUUUCUCUCGAUUCGAGGCCCUUGAAUUUUCGUGUAACUAUACUCGCGUAUAGCCUGCGACCGCGGAUCUAUUUCCGGUCGUCGCUAACACGCGUAUUAAUUCAAUUCAGAAAGAAAUCGUCGAAUACGAUAUAAAAAGUAAAUAUCCUGAAGAAUCCUCGGCCGUCGAUAAGGUAGGAAGUGAAAAAUUUUUCGGAAGUCAAUCCUGUUCCGUGUAGAAUCGCCUCCUCCUUUCUUAUCUAAUCUCCAAGCAAGCGAGACUUUUACCGCAUUUAAGAGCGUUGUCACUUGCCGUUGUCACUGUGUUGUCGUCGAUGGUUGUCCAAGCUCCUAAUUUAUUAUACAUAGUUAAACAUCUGUCCUAAUGGUUCGACCAGUGCUACAUAAAAUCUCCAUUGCAAACGAUUGAUAUUUUUUAAAAUGAUCUUUAACGUCACGCCUUCCUUCGUAGGGAAGGAAUGCGUGACAAAGUGCAAAGAGUACCUCUCCGUGGAAGGCUACCAACAACAUUCGCUAUGGCUCAUGCAAAGUCAAUGAUAGUGCUACAUGAUAAAUUUUCCUCUAUGAUCUUCAUAUACAUGUGAUCUAAUAACUCUCGUUCGAUAUAUCAGAAUUCUAACAUGACUCCAAGGCUUUUUGGUCGUAUAGGACAGUCACACUGACGUCACCUAUUGUAAUAUUAAUGUGCCAACCAGGGCCCGGUUGCAUAAAACGCCCGUAACAAUUACGGGUGGUAUAAGUAAGUAAAUACUUGUAACUUAAGGGAGUUACAUUAAAUUACUUAAGUAGCUGUACUUACGAUUUUCGUAAGUGUUCACUUCAGUGUUGUUUAUGCAACCGAUGUACUUUUUAAAAGUCUGCUGACACUUUAAAGCCGUCGUUAAGAAAAAGAAAAGAACAACAAACAUUUCCAGUGGAUACUGAAGGAAAAUAACGAUUGCAUACAAACUUAAUUUGACACUUUACACUCACCGAUGGUUAACUUUUAAAAAUAGAGUGAGUCACAUUCAUAAAUUAAAGUACUUUAACAAAGUUACAGGUCACCAAGCAAAGCGUAUACUUCUAUUCAAAUAUCCCAGAAUGUCCUUUGUCCAAGUCCCGAGGAACAAAAACCUGUUUGCUUGCUUACAAUCUUAACUGUGUCCGGAUCGUUCAUUAUCAACUUUUUGACUUGCAUAAGUACGCCGUUGUUCAGACGUCGAUCUUGCUUCGUGAUUCCUUCUAGGUAUUUCUUUGAAGUCUUCAAAGGGCGGGAAAUAUAUGCUACGAAGUCUGCAAUGCCACGCACAGUUAAUAGCAAAUUCAAUCUUAUUACAUGCUGAGUACCUCUCUAAGGAGCGCUUUUGUAACAGGAAUUUGUGAAAAGCUGGGCUAGCCGACAUUUUGACAAAAGUGGAGAAGGGGGAAGGGCGGCCGCAGGAUGCUGAUCUUCACAAAGUUUGGUCAUUUGGAGGGACCAGAUGGUCAUACUGAUCAUAUGCCUCUUGCCCCGGCGUGCCCAAUCGAUGGAAAUCGAUCAUGAUCGGAAACCAAUCGAUAUCAUUUGAGUGUAAUCGAUAAUAAUGAAUCGAUUGGUUUCCACAAUCGAUGAAAAUCGAUACGCACAAUGAAAAUCCUCUUAAUUUCAUCGAUUUUAAUUAAUCAGCCUUAAUAACUGAACGAUUUGCCCCGGGUUUAAGCGGCUACGUUACGCAUCCGUACGCGUGGACCCGAGUCAGUCUUGCCUAAGUCUUGCGAGUCGUCAACUGACGGGCGAAAUGAACGUUUUAUUAAUCGAGCCUGUAGUGAAGAGCUAUCACCAGUGCCCAUUUACAGUAAGGACGGGUGAAUCAUUUGUUCUCGAGAAAAAAUCGGCGCCCGAGGAGAGGCACUCCGAGUUGUGAACUCGAAGGGACAACUGGGACAUAUUCAAAAAGAGCUUGUGACAAUUCAUCUAUGGCCGCUAUUAAAAGGGUGUUGGCCACGUAUUAUGGUUUUCAACUGAUCAGACUUUCGAAGAGAGUUUUCAACACACUUUCAACCAAGUUUUUCGUAGUUUCGCCACAUGUGAAGGAAAGGUAGCAACUGAACGACAAAUCUCUUUUAAGAAAGAGAGAAAAUUACAACAGGUAAGAAUUCAUUUACUAAUAAGUAGCUCAAACGUAUCCGAAAUCAUUAUUAAACGAUUACCACUGACAAUCGAUAUAAUCGAUGAAAAUCAAUGAAAAUCGAUACUCUUUUUCGAUCUCGAUUUUUAUGGAUUUUCGAUAUUAAUCGAUUAGUUACUAUCGAUUAUAAUCGAUUACAAUUGAUUUUAUCGAUUGGGCACGCCGGGCUCUUAUGUUGUUGUUAUGUAGUUUUUGUGAUGUGAUGAUUACUCGUAGGGAAAUAAAACAAGAAAUCGCACUGAGAUUCAGCGAUUAAUAAUUCAUUUCUAUAUUAUCGUUAUCAUUAUCAUUAUCAUUAUCAUUAUCAUUAUCGUUGUGGUUAUCGUUAUCGUUAUCGUUAUCGUUUUCGUUAUCGCUAUAGUUUUCGUUUUCGUUUUCGCUAUUGUUAUCGUUAUCGUUAUCAUCAUCAUUCUCCUCAGCCUUGAAGACAAGUCUGAUACUUUCUACAGUAGAAGCUCUCGUAAGUGGACACCCCGGAGACGAAAAAAAUUGUCCGUUACUGGAGCUGCAAAUUUUAAAAUUAAAACAGUAAACGGACCUGGAGCUGGCCGCUUAAGAGAACUGAUGAUCUCAUAAGUGGCUAGUAGAGAUAUAAGGGUUAAAUGGUCGCUUACGGGAGCUUGCUCAACUACAAAUAAACAUUGGAAAUGCAAAAAAAACUGUUUCUUGGUAUUUGGCUAUACUGUUGUUUUCACAAUGUCUUAAUUCAGUCACAAGCAUAAAAUUCAAGUGAUGUUUUGAAGUGCCCGGACAUGUUGGUGAAAAAAGAAAACAAAAGAAAACACUGAAUCUGAUAUAAAUUCAUCGUGAUGAACAGCGAGAUGAAAUACAAGUUUCAGAGGGAAAUGCGGGGACGGAAGUCACAGCUGAAGUCAGAAGUAGUAAGUUGGAAGUUAAAAAUGGGAAGUGGGAAGUCGGUAGAUCCUUUUGCAUUUUGAGUUAGAAUUCAUUUCAGAUGGUAGCUUAAAGGGAUUUAAAUACAAAGCUAAAAUUUAACUCGUAAACCUUGAAAGUGACCGCGGCCACCUACGGUUAAGUUAAUUAUAAUUCUUACUAUGGGGGGUUUUUUUUGCCCAUAUACAAAAUUCUCCUCAAAGGUUCGAGUUAGGAAAAAAGAUAUCAAAGAGCGCUAAAGGUUGGUUUUCACUAGCGACAGAGUCGGAGUCGUUAUCAGAAGCGUAGCGCUAGCCUUAUGAUCUAGUGAAAACAGCGUUCCGAUUCCGCUUACGACUUUGUCGCUUACGUUCCGCUUAUGAUCUACUGAAAACCAGAUGGUCGGAGUCGGAAGCAGAAGGGGAAAAACUAAACCAAUCACAAAGCGUGGAAACGUGCAUUGCGAUUGGUUUAGUUCUUCUUCUGGCUUUCAGUAGAUCAUAAGUACAACGUAAGCAACGGAGUCUGUAGAAAUGGAAAGAAAUGGAAAAUGAUUCUUCUGAUUCCGAUUCCGUCGCGCUUAUGACUCCGCUAACGAUAACAUGUUUUUUGGUGAUUUCUACAGGCAAAAAUGGGCUCAACUAGUACACGUUUCAAUCCAUGAAAGAUGACAGAAAACAGUUUCAUUUCUAAAUAUAGUCUCAAUUAACAAAACUGGUCCAUUAUUGUCAGAAUUCAGUUCCUGCAAAGACACAGUUUAACUUUUAAGAAAGAAAGCAGAUAGCUUAACAGCUGUAACUGUAAGAUAAUAUGCGUAUGACGUCCUCGUUUUUAAUAGUAUUCAACAAACACUUCCUUGUGCUGCAAGCAAACUACCCUUUCCAAUCAAGCUUCGAUUCCUCAUUUGUUAAUUUGCAACUGCCAUGGAAAAUACUAACAAGAGAACCCUGACAUUGUUAUCUUCUUUCCAAAUUGUGAUAUCCGUCUGUUUUUUCGUUCUGGGAUUAGUGGACGGACUUGAAAUCCGCUAUAGAUAUGUUAGCCUCGUGUUUUCGCCAUGUUGGAUUGUUCCGCUGGUAAGUUAGUGCUUCUGAUUCCUGUCUGUUUUUACAUUUGUCAAUGACUUAACUCUUUGUAAGAUUAUAUCUCGUCAUGGAUAAAAGUGUUACUACUCGAAUGAUGGUACAAGAGAAGAGAAAACCUUCCGAACUUUUUGCCGUGGGAUCUUCACGCUUAUUUCGAUGUGUAUGUUUAUUCAUUAGGAGUGGUCGUCUCGUUUUCGCAUGUACUGUGAUCAGGUCAAACGACAGAACUUUGCGAAAGCUCAUAGUUGUUAUUCACUCGGUUCAAAAUGUGGAGAUAAUAUGCUGUUAAAUUACAAAUCAUUCUGAAAAUUCACUUAAAAAGUUCUAAGUUUUUCACUGCCAAUGUCUCGAUGGAUAGUGUCGGACCAUCUGUCAAUAUUAGGGCGGAUAAAGGUUGAGCGGUGAAACGAACACUCCGCUCUUUCUUAAUGUGCGGUGCGGAGUAGGACUGGCACGAGCGCUCUUUCCGAGCUUCCGGUGCACCUGUUGGCCCGCGAAAUUUUUUUUUUGGCAAACCGGAAAUCCUAUUCUAUUUCUGUAAUUUCAGGCUACAUUGUUAAAAACAAAAAUUUGUUUCAUAACAGUAUUAAUAAACAGUUUCAUAUGUUUAUGUCUGUAUGCCCUACAAGUCAAACUUGUUGGUCGUAUAAUGCCAAAAUUUGAGUUUAAUUUGAAAGUGUUGAAUGCCUCCUCCUUCCACUAAAUAUGACGUAAUCGUCUUUCGCCGUUUACAAGAGCUUAACACUUCUUAACUUUAAUUUUUACAUGUGUCAAAGGGAGAAAAAUUCUAUAUAACAUAACAAAAAAUCAGCUCGAUACAUUUGGAUAUAGUGGCGUUGUACUACUACAAACUUUGUUUCUCGGGUGCAACGCGCCAUGGCGAUUCGCGCAAUGCGUAGCGAAUCCGGCAACCGCAUGAGAACAAAAUUUAUUGAAAGUAAAUUGUACGGUUUUUUUUCCGUUUUCUCUCGUAAACAAAAAAAGUAAACAGUAAAAACUGAGGAGAAACUAAUUUUGAAGUUCCGAAGAAACAGAAAAACGUAUGAGAAGUUUUGUCAAAAUAAAGGGAAGCGUGAUGUUGAUUUCAAUUAAUUAAGCAUAAUUAACCUUGCAGGAGUUGUACGAAUUUAUAAAAGACACGUCAUGUGGUUAUGAAACGCCAUCUGCUGUCUUUUAAUACUUUUGCCAUGGAUGAGGUUUUGCUUCGUGUUUUAGACAGUUUUUAGUUUCUUUUGGAAGAACAUCGACAUCGGCGAGUACCAGAACGGAAAUAUUUAAAUUGGUAAGGAGGCCGGUCAUGGAAGAAACCAGAGAAGCCAUUUUAAUCAGCAACUCAUAAUUUGAUCCCAGUCCACUUCAUCACACCUUUUUGCACGGACGCGCUUGUUUCACCGCCCAACCUUUGUCCGCCCUGGUCAAUAUUAUACUUUUCCGCUUUGCACUAGGUGUUUUCAGCGAAAGGCCGAAAGGCUCAGAAGUUUGACCGACGCCGUUAUUAUUUGGAUUAUUCCACAAAUUUCAGCAAUUCCUUUCGUGCGUGAAGUAUUACACCUUGUGUACAUGACGUACCCUGCGAGCAGAGUCCGCUGAGUAGUUGGCUUGUUUGCGCAUGCCAACGUCUCCAAUAUGAAGGACUCGAACGACUCCGCAAAUAUAAUACUAAAAGCAACCAUGAUGCCGGAAAGAAACCUCUUCUCGAAGGGUAUACACGAUGACGAUGGCAAUAAGAACGAGAGAAAACAAUGUUUGUUUAAAGAGCAAAACUACAGCACUGCAAGUGAAUAACACUUUUUUUUCGUUACCAUCUACAACGUAAAACAUUGUGUUGCGACGUUUUAUGUUAUAGAUGACGUGACGACACGGAAGAUGAAUUUCCUGUCUCGUUUUCGUCUACAUUUAAUAAUUUAUAUUGACAAAUUGAGCGAAGCUAAAUAAAGGCGAUAGACAGGUUCAAAUAAGGCUAGUGUAGUUUAGUAACCUUUUCACUUCCCUUUGUCACUGUGUUGUUGUUGGUUGUUGUCAAAGCUCCUAAUUUAUUGGCUUGACGUAGUUAAACAUCUUUAGACAUGGUUCGACUAGUGCUACAUGAAAUCUCCAAUGUCCGCAUUCUUUGCAUUAACACUAACCUCAUCUAAAAGUUAGCAUUCUAAAAAGUCAGCGUAAGCACGUACGUGCAGUUUUUAUGCCACAGGGCCCAAAAGCGCACUGGUUCUUGUAACAAACCUCUUUUCAUUCACUCGUUACAAGUUUAAAUAAGCAGUGACAACACUUGUAUUUAUCUUUGGUUUGGUCUUCUUGGUGUCUCUUCUGGGAAUAACAGAGAACAAUAUAAUAGAAAGCAAGUUAGAAUUUUGAUGUAGAUCGAACGCUGGAUAAUAUACGUUUAUUUCAUUUUUUUAUAAUUUUGGCUUAUAGUACAUACAGCUGUUCACAUUUCUACUUUGGGGUGAUUUUUAAUGUAUAUGUCAAUAGGAGCUGAUUUUGUUAACAGUGUCCCAAUUUAGCAUUUUAGCUAAAUCUUUGAUUCUCCGACGAAAUACUCAUAUGCAUAUAAAAAUAAUGUAGUAUUUAGGUAUGCAAAUUUAAUUUUGUUCUGUGCGUUUACUGUUCAGACUCUUGCAAAUGGCAUCUUGGGACUUCUUUUAAGCGAAAGCCGUAAAAGAUCGCCAAACCUGGUAAGAUUUACUCGAUAAACACUCGUAGACGUCUGACAGAGGAAAACGUAACCUAAAAUUCCGAAAGAGAAGACUUUCCCCUCUCCCCUCUCCAAGGCUUGGCCGGUUAGGAGGUACCCUGGGCGCAUCGAGACACCCUUCCCACGGCUGAAGACUGAGCCUACCCCCUCCCCACUCGACCACCACCACCUCAAAACAAAAGUAACAACAACAACAGGUGAGGCAAGCUAACGGAUUAGAAAGUGAAGUCCCUCCGAAAACAUUGAUCGCCUCGUAGAAGAAGAGCAAAAUUAUUGGAGGAAACUGGAACUUGCGCCGCCUUGAAACUUAUUGAAGUGGCAGAUACUGGAGAGAGCAAAGCAAAACGGCUGUCGUCGCUUUCGAAAGGACUGAACAAGACGAAACAAGUCAAUACGAGGCUGUGUAAAAUGUCCCCUUCAGGCUAAAUACUUCCCUUCCGCUCCUCACAAUAUCUUUAUCAGGAAUAAAGGGGUCCUGUAUUCAAGUCCCCCAGAGAAAAAAAUAUAUGCAGGAUCCCAUAACCCGGAGUAAGUAACUUCCAUGUACUCGUGUCAUGGCGUUCUUACUAAGCAUGGCCAGUUUAUUUUUAGAACGAUUUUGGCGCGAAUUUGGAGUAUUUUGCCAAGUGCCACAAACCAGUCAAAACCUACAGAACUGAAAAUGGUAUUUUGACCUUUCAAUGAAGUUUCGGUCUCCUUAUGCACGCCUUAUUCUUCAAAUGCGGAGAACCGCUCUAUGUCAAUCUAAAAAUAAACCGGUCCGUGCAAUUGCCGUGACGUAGGCCUAGUGUGAGAGUUGCUAGCUCCAUGUUAUGGGCCCCUGGUAUGUGCCUAUUCAAAAGUGCAACUUUUCCUUCUGAUUAACAUACCUGAGUCAUCUCUUCAGUAGACUUAAUAAUUUAUUGAUUUCAAUUUCUUUAGAUCCAUGCUAUUUGGUCGGUUAGCAUGGCAUGUAUUAUCUACUCCGCUAUUACAGUACUCAGGUAUCAGGACUGGGGUGUCGAAUCACUGACGAUUCUUGCUAUUAGUCAGAACUCACGCUACGACCGCGACGACAAAUGGUGGUUUGUAAAGAAAAACGACGAGCCGAAAUACACUGAGCAGGAAAAUAAGGCACUUGCUCUAUUUAGCAUCAUCAUUGUGUUGUCUGUCAUUGAAAUUAUCCUGGCUGCUGCUUUGGCAAAAGUCAGCGAUUCAAGCCACAAGGGAGCUCAACAGCCCACCAUCCCAAUGUACGCUAUAUACUAUCAGGUACGGCAAUAAUGGCAUUGUGACAUGUACUCAUACAAUGAAACACAUCGUUCUUUUUCUUCGUCUAACUAUUACACUUACGCCAUAAAUGGGCGGGGGGUGGGUUUGUAUGAGUGGGUCAGUUCAAUUUAUCCAGUUACAGCGGCCACAAUUACACUGACCUGGCAGCAGCAACUUGGAAGAAUUUCGAUCUGGCCUGUAUCUGACGAAAUAUUGAAAGAAAAUGUAAACUUAUAGCCUUGCUUUUUUCACUGUUUGUUCCCAAAACAUUUUGCUGUCUAGAUCCAUUAGGAUCUGACAUCUUCGUUUUGUACGUUGGCAUUUGCUAGUUAUUUACAAGAUAUUCUUUUACUGCAUCGUAGAAUUUAACUUCGAAAUAUUAGCUCACGAUACUAUAUGUUUUGCAACCGCCUUCAUUUAGUAAUGUACAGUUGUCAGUUAUUAAAACUGCACAACGAAACGCAAACAGAAGAAAUGAAAUCGCGAAGUAACUUUCUUCGUUUCUUUUCCUUUAGCAGCAGCCAGUGGGCCAAGUCAGUGGGCUUCUGGGACAAACCAAUGCAGACACUGGGUCAUACGUAAGCCUAAUUACAGCCCAGGACAUACCAACUCCUUAUCAUGAAGUGUCCCCUCAUUAGAAGUAAAAGACACUUUCUUUUUUUUCUUUCUUUUUUUGCGGAAAUACUAUUCUCUACUGAAAGGCUUUGCUGUUGCCAUGGCCAAAUCAGUUUCAUUGUCAACGUUGAUCUAGUGUAAGCUACCGGUAGUGAUUGUAUUUACCUUUCAUAGAUUGUCAAUAAAGAGAAUUACUUUGCGUUAUCUUGA